UGCAAGGAAACAGACAAGAAAAAAUCAAAGUGAAUUAUUCCCUCUGCUUCAGCAGUCUCUCAUUAUGAUACUGCAUCAAAUAUUGCCAUGAAUCUCGCUUCACCUUUGAAUUAGUUCGGGCGACGUCACAUGCCAGUACAUCGUUCAUCAAGUCACAUGCCCGCUGUCAACCUCACCGAGUAUUUAUCCAAAGCCUUUUAAGACGUGAAAGAUUUCUUCCCUCUGCUUUCAGUAUUGAAUCUACUUCACGACUUGUCUUUGGUAUAACAGUACUCGAUACUCUUGCACCUUUCGCGGCGCUAUUUUUUUCCAUCAUUGAUACCCUCUCCGCGUAACAUGGAGCAAAACGAGGGCACUCCCGCACGGAACGGUGACACGGGCAGCCCACGUGCUGCGAGGUCUUCAAUGACUUCGUCUGGAUUCCUUGCGGUGAAUCCAAGAAGAAGAGACUCCGAUCAGGAGAUCUCUUCUGAGAGUACCGGGGGACAGUCGCAAUUAAAGACGUCCCCUUCUUUGCCCGGGAGUACCAGACCCUUCCCAAAUACAACAUCUCCUCUGAAAGCAUCGGCUUUGCAGGCUCGGUUUGGCCGAAUAGAGACGAGAGAAGCUGAACUCGAGCAGAAUCUGGAAGAGGCAUUGCGGGAAAGAAGGAAUCGGGAGGCAGGGAUCCUAAGACUUCAGGAAGACCGAAGUGCUGGAAUGGGAAUUCGCGACCAGCGGCACAGCGAUGUCGAAGCUGCUCGCAAGGCUUUCGAGGAAGCUGCCGCAUACCUUCAAACGCGAGAGGACCUCCUCGCGGAUGCCGAAAACGAUGUUGACCGCUCGGACUGUCAGCUGCAGCAAGCUUUGACGCAGCUGGAAAACGUGAAAAUGGGUAUAGCAGAGAUUGAGCAGGAACGAAGAGAGCUGCAACGGGCCAAGGAGCAUGUCAGCCGCCAGGCAAACAGAUUGAAACUGGUGCGGGAGGACAUUGAUGCUAUUGUAAAUCAAGCACAAUCUAGCCGACCUUUUCUCGCCAAUCUAUUCAGUGUCGUCGAUGGUACGUCGACGGAGGAAGCGAUGAAGGACGUAAAGGCCAAGCUGUUCGAUGCGUUCAUGGGCGUCGACGAGCAUGAGGUCAAGAGGCUGGCGGAGACCAUCUUGCUGGAAGGGCAGGAGGAUGACGUUGCGGGACCCAGCAGCAGGGAAGUUGAAGAAGCUCCCGAGGAGGAGAACACCGUCCGUGCCGACCAGCAUGCUGCAAUUGGGCAGCCUCCGUCCUCACGCGAUACCACGAGCGCAGAAGGUGAUGUUUCUGCCGACCAGAGCAGGAUCAUUACUUUCAAUUACAACCCUGAUGACAGAGCCGAACACCGACGGCGCCGCGGGAGUCCUCUCGCCGGCCAUCGAGACAGAAGACCUCGUCUCGACGAUACCAUGCCGCGUGAAUCGUCUCGAGCAAGUUCCCGGCAGAGGCGACAGAGGUCGUGACCAGGUUAUGAAAAUGUGCAGUCAUGUUGUGUUUCAAAAUUCCCCCCCUCUUUUUUUUCAUUUUUUUUCAU